AUGUCUGACUCAAGCUAUUCUCCUUCAAAUUCUUCAUCUUCUGACUAUUCUCCCUCUGGCCCUAGAGUGUCCAGCAUUGUUUACACUCAAAUCGUGCGUCGUGUUCGUUCUUCUCGCCGUGUUAGCAGUAUCGGUAAGUUACAUGAGGUCUAUGUACGUAGAACAUGUACUAAAUACUAUUAUGCUACUGUAGAGAAUCCCAUCAUUAUCGAGUCAUCAUCUGAGUCAGAAAGCUCAAGUGAGUCUGCUGAAAAUGUUUCUGACUCCAACGCAGUAGACACUUCUCAGAAUUUCAAUUUAGAAAGACCAGAAUCAUCUUCUACAGAACCAAGUUCCCAUGCCAUCUCUUAUAGGGAUGCUGCUUUGAACGGCGCUUCUAGUUCUGCUCUACCUGCUCGUGGCCGUAGAGUUCUUCCUUGGAAGAAGGUUCAAAAGAGAAAGAGACCCCAGCCAGUUGUAGUCCUUGAUGACUUGAGCCAAGAGGUUGAAUUACUUCGAUCCAGUCGUAAACGCGCUUCCUCACCUUUGGCCUCUCAACCAUCUACUACAAUAAGGCGUGUUCUUAACCGUGACUCGGAGAGUGACUGGGACUUUGAGGAAGAAGAGGAUGUCAGUGGUUCGGAGGAGCCAUUUGGAGUUCAAUCACCCCCCGCCAUACUUACAAGACCCCGAUUGGAGAGGGAACCAAUAGAAGUACCAAUCACUUAUGGUUCCACUAUAGAGAGAUCCCCAACACCGGAGUCUGUGGACUCUUCUAGCCUUUUUCUUCCUGUUACGAGCAACCCUUUUGCUCGUACAAUGGUUACGAGGUUCCCUUCAAUCUCGCCACCACCAGCAGUUGCUCCAGUUGAUAGAGUUGCCGUUUUUUUGGAGUCUCAGUUUCAAAGGUCUGACUUUUCUAACCGUUAUGUUUUUGUACUAUUAGUACAGCAAAGAGAUGCUAUAGACGAACAAGUUAGGUCAUUCUCACCAGAUAUUUCGGUUGGAGCAGCAUCUCCCCUUGAAAGUGAGGACUCUUUUGAUCCUGUAGCCACAUUAGAGGAUUGCACUCGCCGACUAGAGGCUUAUGACCGACCAGAACAAGACCCCAGCGACUCGGAAAUCGAGUCGUCUUCUGACAACGGCUCUGAUAGCACGUACCGAGUUGAUCCUACGGAAGACAAAGGUAGAUACUUUGAGACUGUUCUAUACAAUUUUAUUGUUCCUUUUUGA